UUCUUUAAACGCUGAGGUGUGGAGUUGAGGUCCGUCCCGUAGAGUUGCCGCGUCGUUGUUGUUCAGAGGCUAGGCGCGCGCGAGAGAUUUCCAUAUUUUCCGAAAAAGUUUUAAUGCUGCAUGGACCUCGAGUUGGCCAAGGUGGCGAAGAGAAGAAAGAGAGGAGCAAGAAGAAAAGUCGAGUCAGUGCCUGGCAUUAGGAGGAGAGCUAGUUUUUCUUAAUGGAAUGGAAUAACACGGCGCGAGUGGACCCCGUUGAGUUGGAGUUUUUGGUCUGAUCUGUAUGCACAUGUGCGGGAACGGGAUCGAGAUAGGGAGCCUCGGCCGCGAUGAAUGAAAGACAAGAACAGGGAUACACAUUUUAAAUUAACACCGUGCGUUUAGAGGUCUGUUUGAAGUAAGACUGAAUUUUCGCUCAGGAAUUUGGGGAAGCGAAGAAGAUAACUUUGUUUGACUACAUGGAUGAAAAACUCCGAAAAGGAGAGGUGUAAGUGCGUGAAAAUGGUUGGAUAGCUUAUGAUAUAUUACGAGGUUUGUCCUCAAGAUGGGUCGCGAUCAAUGGCGGAUGCUAUUUGAACCAUUAUAUGGUUUUGAUCGGAUGCUAAUUUGAAACAUUGUGUGAUUGCAAUUUAUUAGAAAAACGAUCACGAAGCAGUAGAAAAUUCUUCACAAAUUAAAAAUUGAUCGAAGUGUGAAGUCAUCGCCAUCCAGGAAUCAAGUGCAGUACAAGUAGUUCAAUAAGGAAAGAACAAAAACUAAUUGCAAAAGAAGUUAAAACAGGCCCAAGAGUUGAGAAGAAAAGUGGAAUAUCUUUUCACGAAUGUUUGGAUACCUUCUCCACUCGAAGGACUUGAAGUGAACAGCAGCGCAUUCAACACGUAUAAAGAAAUUUAUUUAUUUUCAUUUACAAUUACAAACGUGCGCGGAGUGUUCUCGUUGGGGGCCUCCCCAUAGUUUUCUUCUUGUUAUUAUUGACAGCAUUACUACUUGCUUCCAGCAGUUCCUCCGCGCGAGGAUGGCUAUUUUUUCCUUCUUUUCAUGAGAAAUAUCUCAUUAUAUUGUUUUAUACAGCUUGGCGCGAGCAUUGCACACAAGUGAGUGAGAAGGAUAGUGCAGACGAAGACGAAGGCCAGAAGAAAAGGAAACAAACAAACCUCGAAGACCUGUGACGACUUGGAAAACGACGUCCGACGAUGGAAGCAGCGCAAAAGAGUGUGGAUGUAAUACAAAGUGAAAUACAAAAAUAUUUUUAUAAUAAAAUAAAGUCAAACGCGCAGCAGCACGGUGAAGAGCAGGAAGAAUAGCGAGAGCGGGGAAAAGUGUAACGCGAAGAAACGUGAAGAUUAAAGCGAAGGAAAAGAGCGAAACUAAAAACCGGAGGCUGCUAGAGGGAAGGUAAAGUGAGUGCACGAGGAGCCGAAGUACGAGAAAGAAUUUUUUAAAAGGAAAUUUUUGUAGCUGCAAAUAGGAAUUUUAAUCACAAAAUUUUUCGGAUACAUUCUGAUUUAGCGUAUACGAUUAAAACAAAGUGAGAUUAAAAUUGUUUUUAAUAUUUUGCUUACGUUGCGCAAAUUAGCUUUUCUCGCAGCGCUAAAGGAUUUGAGAAAGCAGCCCGCAACGUUAGCCUGUCACUAUUAUACGGCUUGGAUGAAAGUUUGUGUUGUGGCCAAGAGGUGAAGAUCAUCGCAAAAACAAAAAGCGGUAGUGCCAGUCGAUUUUCGGAUUUCUGGCCACGGCGGCAGCGGCCAUUUGCUUAGAAAAAGAGGUUUCUGAGAUAUUGGGGUUUGGGGCCGGCCCCUUUCGUAGAAGUGAUGAUUUGCUUGGAUGCGACGGCAAGGGUCUAGAGAUGUGUACAAGCUAGCAAGCCCUCGGAAGAAGAUAAUAAGGAAGUGGAGAUUUCAAUCAAGUGGGCUGCGGCAGUGCUGAGGGCUUAGUGUGCAGAGCGUACAGCGGUGAAGUGGAUUCUAUUGUUGUUCGGUUUAUGGGACCCGGCAAGCGGAGAGAAACAGUCAACCGGAAAACUGGCGGCAACAGGCAGGAUUAAGAGCUUGAGCCCAACUUUUACAGCAGUAAAUUAAGAUACUCCAACGGCACCAGUACCCAACCAGCACAACGACGUCUCACGAACACCCUCAGAGAUGGAACACACCACGCCGCAGCGCCAGCUGUUGCAAUUCACACGUCCGUCCACCCGUCGGUGAUGUUCGCCGGAGCAGCGCUUCGUUUGCUGCCACUAGUCAAUCGUCAUCAUUGCAUCCACCGGGAUCACCGGCACCCACCAGCAGGAUGGGAGCGUGCUUUCGAUUCCGCCACCGGAAAAUGUCGCUGCUGUGGCUAUUACUGAUGAUAUGUGCCUUCGCCGGUGAUAGCGGUGGAGGGAGUGACGGAGGGGGUGGAGGGAUCUUGGGGUUGGGGUUCCUGAGGCUGGCCAGGGCCGAGUAUGUUCAGGAACUGGAGGUUUCCGAGGGGGUGCCAAUCGGGCACCAGAUCGGGUUCAUAGGAGAAUUCCCACACGGCGCGGAUAGUGGUCCACCUUAUCUGAUUGUACCCGUGCCGGGAAGUGCAGUGGAUACCGAUCUAGCGAUAGAUCAUACAACCGGAGAAAUCCGGACAAAAGUCUCAUUGGACAGGGAGAAGAGGGCGUCCUACUCAUUUGUGGCUAUUCCGCUGAGCGGUGAGAAUAUUCGAGUUGUGAUACGAGUACUGGAUGAAAAUGAUAAUGCUCCAACUUUUCCGACGGCUCUGAUGAACAUAGAAUUCCCGGAAAACACUCCGCGGGAUGUAAAACGAACAUUGAACCCAGCAAGGGAUUUGGACCUGGGUAGAUACAAUACUCAAAGGUACAACAUCGUUUCCGGUAAUGUAAAUAACGCUUUUCGAUUAUCGUCGCAUCGGGAACGGGACGGAGUGUUAUAUCUCGAUCUACAAAUCAAUGGAUUUCUCGACCGGGAAACCACGCCAGCUUAUAGCCUCGUUGUAGAGGCACUGGACGGUGGUAAUCCUCCUUUAAGGGGGCAGAUGACGGUCAACAUCACAAUCCAGGAUGUGAACGACAACCAGCCGAUAUUUAAUCAGAGUCGGUACUUUGCAACCGUCCCGGAGAAUGCGACUAUCGGUACAACAGUUCUGCAGGUAUACGCAACGGAUCAGGAUGCUGGAGAAAAUGGAAUGGUAGAAUACGCGAUCAACCGGAGGCAAAGUGACAAGGAUCAGAUGUUCCGGAUAGAUCCUAGUACGGGGUUGAUUUCUGUGAAUAAGCCUUUGGAUUUCGAGACGAAAGAACUCCAUGAACUGGUGGUGGUAGCAAAGGAUCGCGGUUUGCAACCUCUGGAAACGACUGCUUUUGUGUCUAUACGAGUGACUGAUGUGAACGAUAAUCAACCUAUAAUAAAUGUGAUAUUUUUGAGUGAUGACGCGACUCCGAAGAUUUCAGAAUCGGCUCAACCCGGUGAGUUUGUCGCGAGGAUUUCAGUGAAUGAUCCCGAUUCUAAAACGGAAUACUCGAAUGUGAAUGUGACGCUAUCCGGUGGUGAAGGUCAUUUCGGGUUAACCACAAGAGAUAACAUAAUUUACUUAGUGAUUGUGUCGCUUCCUUUGGAUCGGGAGAUAAAACCGAAUUAUACGUUGAGUGUAGUGGCUACGGAUACCGGAAAUCCUCCGUUGCAUGCAGCCAAAACGAUAUUCCUCACGGUAACGGAUAUUAACGAUAAUGCGCCGGAGUUUGAGAAGGAGAUUUACCAUGCCAAUGUGAUGGAGGUGGCCGACCCUGGAACUUCUGUGAUCCAGGUGACCGCCAUCGACAAAGACGAGGGCAACAACUCCGCGAUCGCGUACUCCCUGCUGGAUACACCCGAUACUCAUUCGCAGUGGUUCCAGAUCGAUGCCAACUCCGGCCUGAUAACAACCAGAGCGCACAUCGACUGCGAAACCGAUCCCGUACCGCAACUGAUCGUGGUGGCGAAAGAUAAUGGCUUCCCUCCGAUGUCCUCCAGCGGCACCGUGCUGGUCACCAUCCACGACGUCAACGAUAACGAGCCUAUCUUCGAUCAGAGCUUCUACAACGUAUCGGUGGCGGAGAACGAACCCAAAGGACGGUGCAUUCUGAAGGUAUCCGCUACCGAUCCGGACUGUGGCGUCAAUGCGAUGGUAAAUUACACCCUCGGCGAGGGUUACAAGAAGAUCACCGAGUUUGAGAUCCGUUCGAGCACGGGUGAGGUUUGCAUCUCCGCCGAGCUGGACUACGAGACGCGCAAUUCGUAUGAGUUUCCAAUCAUCGCCACCGAUCGGGGAGGACUCAGUACCACAGCAAUGGUCAAAAUUCAACUAACCGAUGUCAACGAUAACCGGCCAACAUUCUACCCUCGCGAGUACAAUGUUUCCCUGCGCGAAUCGAUGCCCACCAAUUCUCUCCUCUCGACACCAGUGGUUGUGAUCGUGGCCACCGAUUCGGACUCUGGCAGCUUCGGUACCAUCAGCUAUCGGAUAGUUGCCGGCAACGAGGCAGGUAUUUUCCGAAUGGAUCGGUUAACGGGCGAGAUCUUCGUUGCUCGUCCAAAUAUGCUGUCCAGCAGAAGCCAACCGUACCACCGACUGAACAUCUCGGCCAGCGAUGGCGGAGGUUUGAGAUCCACGCACGAUGCAGAAGUGUUCAUCAGUGUGAUCGAUGCUACGCAAAGGCCACCGAUCUUCGAUAAGCCACGGUACACGUACUACGUCAAGGAAGAUGUCAAGAGAAACACAGUUGUGGGAACCGUAUCAGCAACUAGCAGCAACUCAGGAAGUCGAGGUUCCAUCCGAUAUUUCAUUUACUCGGGAGACCCCGACGGAUACUUCGCCAUAGACCCCGUUUCAGGAAACAUACGCGUUGCAAGCACUUUAGAUCACGAAACAAAGCCUCAGGUUCUACUCAACAUUCAAGCAACCAGUGGUGAUCCCCCAGCGUACGGUCACACGCAAGUCAACAUCGACAUCGAAGACGUCAACGAUAACCCACCGGAGUUUGAGUCGAACACGGUUCGCAUAUCCGUACCGGAAAAUGUCGAAAUUGGAUCUCCUCUCUACGCAGCUAACGCUCACGACAAGGACUCCGGAAUGAGCGGUGUCAUCACAUAUCGGCUGAGCAACAACGGACCUGUCACAGGCAAUCUCUUCAGUAUAGAUAGCCGGAGUGGUCACUUGAGUUUGGCUCGUCCUCUCGACUAUGAAACAGUUCAGAGGCACACUUUGAUUGUUACGGCGUCGGAUUCGGGUAUACCAUCGUUGUCUACUAACCUUACAAUCUUGGUUGAAGUUCAGGAUGUCAAUGAUAACGCACCGGUGUUUGAGCGAAACGAAUACUCAAUCAAGGUUUCGGAAUCAACACCAAGUAAUUCACAGAUCAUGCAGGUCACCGCAAUUGAUGCUGAUACAGGAAACAACGCUCGUCUAACCUACCGAAUUCUUGGAGAUGAUCAACGAUCACGUGGCGGAAAAUCAUCCCCCAAAGUAUCGGAAGCCACUAUUCCGGAAAUAUUUGGCAUUUUCCCGAACAGUGGUUGGAUCUACCUCCGGACAAAACUCGAUCGUGAAGAACAAGAGCGGUACAACAUCACGGUAAUAGUGAGUGACAAUGGCGUGCCUACGUUGACCGCGAUAACCCACGUGAUCGUUACUGUACUCGACGCUAAUGACAACAAUCCAGUAUUCGUGAAGCAGUUGUACGAAUUCCAAAUCGAAGAGAACAUGCGGCGUGGAUCCGUCAUUGGAUUAAUUACGGCUACGGAUGCUGAUGCUGGAAUCAAUGCUGUGGUUCGGUACAGCUUGAUCCCGAGCAACACCAGCUUCCAAAUCAAUCCAAUAUCUGGUGAAGUAACAACGCGUGACAGUCUCGAUCGGGAAACGAAAUCCAACUACGACCUGGUGGUGGAGGCACGGGAUCAAGGAACACCCUACCGUAGCUCCCGAGUUUCUGUAAAAAUCAAAAUCCUUGAUGUCAACGACAACUCACCGGAGAUCGUGGACCCCCAGGAGGACGUAGUAAGUGUUCGCGAGGAACAACCUAUCGGAACUGAAGUGGUCCGCGUCAGAGCAAUCGAUCGUGAUUUUGGCGUCAACGCAUCCAUCACGUACUCCAUUCAAAAAGGACGUGACUCCGACGGGCAUGGAAUGUUCUCGAUCGAUCCAAUCUCAGGUCUGAUUCGAACCAAGGCGUCACUUGAUCACGAGGAGAAAACCAUCUACCGGUUGGCAGUGGCUGCAACUGAUAAUGGAAAGCCUCCUCGACAAACGAUUCGUCUACUAAGGAUUGAAGUACUGGAUUUGAACGAUAACCGACCUACUUUCACUAGCUCUAGUUUGGUCUUCAGGUUACGGGAGGACGUUGGCGUUGGCCAUGUAAUCGGAUCAAUCAGUGGCAAUGAACAAUCAGAUCUAGAUAACCUCGUUACAAGUACAAAUGACCUUCACAUCACCUACACGUUGACGGCACUAACUAACGAUAUUACUGAGGGAGCAUUCGACAUUGAUCGCAACUCGGGUAAGCUAGUUGUCGCGAGGUCAUUGGAUCGUGAACAACAGAGCGAGUAUCGCAUGGAAAUCCGAGCGCUAGAUACAAGUGCCAGCAACAAUCCGCAGAGUUCAGCUGUAACGGUCAAAAUUGAAAUAGCCGAUGUGAAUGACAACGCUCCGAAGUGGCCGAGCGAUCCGAUUAACGUUUACAUUUCCGAAGAUGCCACGGUUGGGUCGGUUGUGUUCAACUUUACGGCUACUGAUAACGAUUCCGGAACAAACGCAGAGAUCAAGUAUAAUCUGCCCAAGCCAGCAACACCGCAGAAAGAGUUUUUCUCUAUUGAUUCCCUGACUGGAUCGUUAACUUUGCUAGCUCCUCUAGAUUACGAAGAAACCAAAGAGUUCCUACUGAUCGUUCAAGCAACGGAUCAAUCGUCGAAUGCCACCGAACGAAUGACAACAUCAGCCACCGCCCGUAUCAUGGUCACCGAUGUCAAUGACAAUCCACCGAAAUUCGUAGUUCCACAAGCACAGGACACAACCGUCUACAUUAGUGACUCUCUGGAAGUGAAUCAUAUUGUCUCGCACGUGGUAGCGAACGAUCGUGACAGCGGUGAAAAUGGCCGAGUGGUCUACAAAAUCAUCAGCGGAAACGAGGAUGAACGAUUCGUGAUUGAUCCAGAUACGGGGUUCAUCAAACUGGCGAAACCAUUCAGCAGUAACUUCAUUGCUGAUAGUUCGAAGAAUUCCGUUACUGGCCGGUACAAUUUAGUUAUCAGUGCAGCUGACCAAGGUGUCCCACGUUCCAAGGAAGCCAGGAUAACUAUUCAAGUGGUUAUUCAAAAUACGAGUAACAAUCCGCCGAGAUUUUUAGAAUCCGUUUAUCACGUCAACAUCACUGAGAAUGUUCCCACUGGAAGCUUUGUCGUUCGUGUUUCAGCCAAGUCUUACAACGACAAUGGCAACGCAAACCUAACUUAUGAAAUUCCUAAGGGCGUUGGAGAUGAUCACCUGGUAGUGGACUCAGUACGAGGAAUCGUCACAACGCGAGGAUCAUUUGAUCGAGAAGUGAAGGACAUGUACACCAUUCCCAUCUACGUCACGGAACAAAAUCGCUUCAAGAGUGCAGCUUCCGGAACAUCAACGGAUAUGAGUCAGUUUGAUGUCGCAACGUUGGUGGUAAGAAUCACAGAUGUGAACGAUCAUGCUCCAGAGUUUCUGCCUGGGUCGUGCUAUCCGUUGGCAGUACCGGAGAAUAGUGAGCUAUCUGUGAUUCAUACGGUUGUAGCUAGCGAUGCAGAUGAAGGACUCAACGGUGAAAUCACGUACAGCAUUUCAGGUGGCAAUAUUGGUAAUAAAUUCAGCAUAGAUAUAAACUCUGGAGCGUUGACCGCCCGUCCGUUGGAUAGAGAGAUCCAUGCUCGAUACGUUCUUCAGAUAACGGCACAAGAUCGAGGUUCGCCCACUUCUCAUCAGGGCCAUUGCAAUAUCACCAUACGCGUCGAGGAUGAGAAUGACAAUGAUCCGAAAUUCGAACUGCAAAAAUAUAUCGCCACAAUUGACGAAGAUGCAUCGCUUGGUACAACAGUGCUGACAGUAAAAGCAGUGGAUCCGGAUAUUGGGAUCAAUGCGAGGAUCGUUUAUUCGUUGGCCAAUGUUACUGAAUGGCUGUUUGAUAUUGACAGCAAAAGUGGCGUUAUAACGACUGCAGGAUAUUUUGAUCGAGAAAGGCAAAGCAUCUACAACUUCAUGGUAGUCGCGACGGAUGGUGGAAGAUACAACGCACGUUCUCAAAGCGUCCAAGUUCAAGUAAUAAUCGCAGAUGCCAAUGACAACAAACCAGUGUUCGACAAGUACCCUUUCAAAGAGCAAAUUGGGGCCUUAGUUCAGCCAGGACAAACUCUGUUGCAUAUUUCCGCAACUGACGCUGAUCAAGGUAGCAACGGAGAGAUUGUAUACAGCUUGAACGACAACCCGAACAAUGCCAAGUUCAGGAUCAAUCCGAAUACGGGAGCUCUCAGUGCUACACAGUCCCUUGCCAGCGAAAAUGGUCGUUUGCUGCAUAUAGAGGUAACAGCUAGGGAUAAGGGCAGCCCUCCACAGGUCGCUACAGGUUUGAUCGAGCUUCGCGUAGGAGAUCUUCAGCAAGAGCUUCCUGCUCUCAAGUUUCAGAACAGUUCUUAUAAAGUGAAUUUGGUUGAAAACACUCCAAUCGGACAAGCUGUGCUUAACUUGAACGCUGUUCGAAGCGAUGGCCGUCGGCAAAAGAUCAUCUACAGUUUUGGAUCUGGCAAUGAGGAUGGUACGUUCUCGAUCGAUGCAGUCACAGGCGAGAUAAAGAUCCGUAACUCACAAAACCUGGAUUACGAGCGGUUCAGUCGAUUGAAUACAGAAGGUAUUGAUCUAGUGGCAGUUGCUAGAACCGACGGAAGUCCUCUUCUGUACGGAUACUGCUCGAUCAAGGUGAUUCUGCAAGAUGAGAACGACAAUGCUCCUCGGUUUACCCAACAACAGUACUCCGCAUCGGUUUGGGAAGGCAACAACAAAGGAGAAUUCGUCAUUAAGGUGAACGCAUUCGAUACUGAUCAGGGAUCAAACGCUCACAUUUUGUACCAUAUCGUGGAUGGUAAUCACGACAAUGCUUUCAUCAUCGAACCUGCGUUCAGUGGAAUCGUGAAAACCAACAUUGUGCUUGAUCGCGAAAUUCGGGACAAAUACAAACUUAAGGUGAUCGCUACUGAUGAAGGAGUUCCUCAAAUGACCGGGACUGCUACGAUCAACGUCAACGUAGUCGAUGUGAACGACAAUCAACCAACGUUUCCACCCAACACAAUGAUUAGUGUUACUGAAGCCACCACCGUUGGAACUGUGUUAACGACGAUAACGGCAAAUGAUGUUGACACCAACCCUCCCUUAACCUACAGUUUUGGAGAUAGCGCAGAUGAGGAUGCAAAGUCUUACUUCUCCAUCGAUCGCUACAGCGGAAAAGUGAUCUUGAUCAAGCCUUUGGAUUAUGAAGCCCGCCACGAAUUUCAAUUGAGGAUAUUGGCAUCAGAUUCGGCGCACGUAGCGCGAACUUUACUGACCGUGCGAGUAACGGACGUCAAUGACAACGCUCCUCAGUUCCAGCAAAUCACUUAUCACGCUAUGUUGAAUGACGACACCGAGAGUAACAGCAACAUCGCGAUCAUCGCAGUCAACGCUACGGAUAGUGACAGCGAAGGUAACGCCGCAGUUCGGUACACUAUCAAUCCACCAUCAAUAGGCUUCGCAAUCGAUGAACUCACCGGACAGCUGUUCGUCAACAUGAGUCAAGUGCACAAAACUCGAUCUGGAACGCUGUAUCUCACUGUUACGGCAACUGAUACCGGAGUGCCACCAUUGAGCUCGUCGACCACCGUUAGGCUAGAAAUGAAAUCUAAAAGUAAGGCUAACCCGCACUUUAUUCAAAGUCAGUACAGGCUGUCAAUCAACGAAGACGCACCGAAGGGAAGCGUUAUCACUAACCUUAUCCCGAAAGCAAUUGCAGAACAGGUCGAUGUUAGCUCUAGUAUUGCUUUCGAGAUCAUCGAUGGAAAUGAAGAUAAUUGUUUUGAAAUUUCAUAUCCGUCGGGAGCGAUCUUGUUGGUUAAGUCUCUUGAUAGGGAAACGAUGGACUAUUACGAGCUACUUCUGGUUGUUGUAGAACCAGGGGCAACCACCAUGUACAAAGGUAUGAACAUGUCCUCGGCUAUUCGAGUAACAAUCACAGUUGAGGACUCGAACGAUAAUGCACCCGAGUUCCAACCCGGUCCGUAUGAGGUUUCGAUCAGUGAGACAUCACCGAUCAAGUAUUCCAUAGGACAAAUCUCUGCUGUUGAUGCUGAUCUGUUGAAUUCUCCGAACUCGGAAGUUGUGUACACAAUCGUGUCCGGUAACGAUGGUGGAUGGUUCUCGAUAGACUUGAUCACUGGUUUGUUGUAUAUCAACAAUAAUCUGGAUUACGAUCGCGGACCAAUCCAAUACAAUUUGGUAAUUCGUGCGUGUGACAGCCAUGCUGUUCCUAAGUGUAGUGUGCAUCCCUUCGUGAUAAAUCUGACGGAUGAAAACGACAACGAGCCGCAGUUCCCAGUUCCGGAGUAUUUGGAAUUUGUGGGGGAGAACGAACCUAUCGGAAUCAGCAUAUUCACGGCUCGGGCAACCGACAUGGAUCGGGGAGAGUAUGGUCGCGUAAACUACUCGAUUGAUAACGCGCUGACCAGUGGUUUCUCCAAUGUAGACGAUGGUUGGAAAUUGUUCAAGGUUGAUUCAGUUUCUGGCGUGGUUAACUCAAAUGCGGUGUUUGACUAUGAGGAAAAGAAUCGCUAUUCGUUCACGCUUAGGGCAACCGACACCGGUGGAAAAUCGAAAACAGUAAAGGUCCGGAUCAUGAUUGAGAGCAGAGAUGAGUAUAGUCCGCAAUUUACAGAGAGAACCUAUAGAUUUGUUCUGAAGACGCCAGAUACGGGGCAUUUGCCAGUUGGAUACGUUGUUGGGCAUGUGACAGCGACCGAUCGUGACCGAGGACCAGACGGUAGAAUUGUGUAUCAGUUGACAACCCAGCACCCAUACUUCAAAAUGAACAGGACGACAGGAGCUAUCUUGAUCAAGAAGAAACUAGAUGAUGUGGCUGCUUCCCUGGAAUCUGGUAGAGACAUCAGUUUGGUUGUUACUGCCAGUUCCGGACGUCAAGGAUCGCUUACAAACAUGACCGUUGUUGAGAUUUCGAUUGAUACUCUCGGAUAUGCGAAGGGUGGUGAAGGAGGUGGAGAAUACGGCAGUUCAGAAUCUGUUUCUGCUAGCAAUGGAUUAGCUAAUUGGGCUUUAGGUUUGCUGAUAUCCAUACUGUUAGUGGUCAUUUGUGCGGCGUCUGUGUUCUUGUUCUUGCAUAUGAGGAAUCGGCAACAGAAACAUGUGAAUAAAACUGGACUGAAUACGGAAUCAGUAGGACAUUCGAAUAACUACGUAGAUCCGAGUGCUUUCGAUACAAUACCGAUCAGAGGCAGCUCGAGUAGCACUAAUAACGCUGGUCAGUUCGCUCCUCCAAAAUAUGACGAGAUUCCUCCGUAUGGCGCGAGUUCAAAUUCGGGAAAUGCUACGACUUCUGAGUUAUCUGGAUCAGAACAAUCUGGUUCGAGUGGACGAGGAUCUGCUGAAGAUGACGGAGAGGAUGAAGAAAUUCGAAUGAUCAACGAGGGUGGACCUCUACAAAGAGAUGCUUUACAGUUGGACGGAAGACUUUCGGAUGUGUCCGUACAAAAUACUCAGGAAUAUCUGGCAAGACUGGGCAUCGUGGACAACGCGACAACAGGCAAUGCCUCCAAUUCUUCUCGAAGGUGUUCGGAAAGUAUAGGAUUGGGAAGUUCUAAAGAUGCUAUGCUUCAUCACACUUUGCCGAUUGAUACCCUGCACAUGUUCGACGACGAGCAUCGAGAAUCUGAUUUAACGAACUUGAUCUAUGCUAAACUCAAUGACGUUACGAACAACAGUGAUCGCGCGAGUAGCGUGGAUGAAACAGUGACCAAUGCCGGCAGUAUAGGAGCUGCUGUUGAUCACGUCAUGAUGGGCAACUACGGUGAUGUCCCCGUAGUUGGUGGACAACAGGGCAUCUCCAUGAACGGUUCCCUAAGCUCAAUUGUACAUAGUGAAGAAGAACUGACGGGUAGUUAUAACUGGGACUAUCUUCUUGACUGGGGUCCCCAGUACCAACCUUUGGCGCAUGUCUUUUCGGAGAUUGCACGCCUCAAAGACGACACUCUCUCCGUCCACAGUGGAAACAGUGGAACAUCCAGUGCCAAAAGUAAAAACUCGCUUCAUCACACCGUCAAGAAUGUGCCUCCCCCACUGUUGACCAACGUGGCACCACGCUCCAUCAAUGUGCCGGUGUUUUCGGCCCGGGGCACUAGCAGUCACCACGGCCAACCACCGAACCAGUAUUUGCUGCCAAGAUCGCCAAUCAGUCACGACUCGGCAGCAGGUUUUAGCACCUCCUCAGCUAUGUCACCUAGUUUUUCCCCAUCUCUGUCUCCCUUAGCUACCCGAUCCCCCUCGAUAUCGCCACACGUAGUAUCGACCGGUGUCCCUACUUCCCAUCACAUGGUUUCGCUACCAAGGCCUCCUCAACAAAGAGGCCCGCGGAAACCGUACUGAGUGAUAUUUUCCUCAUAGAUCUUUUUACGUUUGAAAAAGUGUUUGAAAUUAAUGCCUGCUAAGGAAUCGAUUAGAACGUCAGGAACUAGAAAGAUUUCGAAUAGAAUUAUCAAAGGGUUUCUGACAAUGUUUUUCAGUUUUAAUUCUAGAAAUUACGAAUGUUUUUUUUUUCUGAAACCCAAAGAAAUCCUAUAGGAAUUUUAGAAUAUGGAAAGAAGAUUAUAAAAUUCUGAACAAUUUCAAUUGUUCAUUUUAUUGAACUUUAAAAGGCUAUGUAAGAUUCUAAAGAAAUGUUUGGUAUUUCAGAAGAAUUCUAGAAAUUCAGAAUUGGAUUUUGAAAGAUAUUCAGAACACGCAUUUGAAUACCACUCACGUAGUUUAGCAUUUCGAAAAACUGUCGAAAUUUAUCAGAUAAUGUAUGAAUUCUAAGAAAAGCUUUUAACUUGGCAUGGGAAUUUUGAAUAUCCGUUAAUGAUCUUAUUUCCAGGCACUUUUUCAAAUGUGAACAGAUCCUAUCCUCACCCCCCGUUUUUCAUAGGAAUGACAUGGCUGUGUAGAUUUUAGACAUAAACAAAAGACUGUACAUAAAAAAAUCAGUCCUCACCAUGGCAAUGCCCAAAUGUACAGAUAUUUCAUAGGUUUGUACAGAUCCAUAUUUAGCAAAUUUUUAAUUCAAUAAACAAACAAACAUAGCGUAAGUUCAAACAGAUUUACAACAAAGUGCCUUUCGAGUAUAUGUAUUUUAACAAACAGAUUGUAUAUAGACAGGAUUUUAGUGAGUUUUAAAUUCGAGCUGUAUAGAAGCAUUUAGUUCCAACGGAACUGGACAGGUUUUAAACAAGAGAUAAAUGAAUUUAUGACGAAUGCGAACCAUCGAAUUUUAACAUAAUUUCCAAAACUUCUACACGCACAUAAGACUGUACAUAUCGUUUCUUGUUAAUAUUAGAUUAUUUUCAAUACGGUUUUACGCUACAAGAAAAUAUCAGCUGUAUCAAAAUUGCCCAAAGUUGAAGGGCGUGUAACAUAAGCCGCGACAGGAUGUCAGCAUUUUGCGAGGAAAAGACUGUUAAGCAAAUAGAGCUUUUCGUUUUAGAGGAAAUAGCAUGUACAACAAAACUUCCAUUGACCCUCUGUAAAGACACAAUAGGAAUCUGUAGCAUUUUUUUAAACAACAAUGAAUGUGUUUUAUCAUUUGAAGCGCUCAUAGCAAUAUCGCAAUUAGAAUCAUUGUCGUACUCAUUUUAGCAGGAAAUCAAAAGUAAAAAAAUUAGUAAACCAAUUGCAAAUCCGUUCGAAAUCGAAGUAUUUUAUUUAUAUUAUAUUUUUUGCAUAAAGGCCAUAUGUAAGCAGUGAACGCGAUAAAAGUUUUAAAAUAAAUAUAUCUGAAAAAAUAAA